AUGGCUGUUUCAGACGAAAAAUCUACUCAAGAAUAUGUCGAAGAUGUGCCGCGUGCGCCUCCGAACAACGAUCCCCAGACAAAGCACGUACCACUCUUGCAGUCGGUGAAGAAAUGGCCCAGAGUUAUAUUAUAUUGUCUGGCAUUGAGCUCUGCUAUCCUUUUAUAUGGAUAUGAUCUGGUUAUCGUGGGAACCGUCUCGGCCAUGCCUGCAUUCCAACACAAAUUCGGCGAGCAAUACGGAAAGAGGUACAUCAUUCCGACAAUGUGGCUCUCACUUUGGAACGUCGCGAGUCCAAUCGGCAUGAUGAUCGGAUCUAUACUCUGUGGCCAGUUCCAAGAUCGCGGUGGACGACGGAUUUCCCUCGCAGUCGGUGCCUUCCUAUCAGCAAUCGCUGUUGCUAUCUGCUACGUCGCUGAUCGCCCUGACGAUAUCACCGCGCGAAGAGGUGUAUUUUUUGUCGGAAAGUUUUUCCAAGGAACUUGCCUCGGUAUCCUUCUGUGCGCCGUGCAGACCUAUAUGUCCGAAGUCCUUCCCGUCCUGCUCCGAGGACCGAUUAUCGCCUUCAUGCCAAUCUUCACUCUUCUGGGUCAGCUUAUUGGCUCGGUUGUGGUCUAUACUUCUUUGAAAUUACCUUUCGAGGAUAGUUAUCGAAUCCCUUUUGCCUCGCAAUGGCCAUUCUCGGGAGUUACAUUUCUCCUCGCCGUUAUCUUGCCGGAAAGCCCGACUUGGUUAAUGAGAAGAGGGAGGGUGGACAAGGCUCUGAAAGCACAGAAACGACUAGAAAGACCCUGUGUGAACUCCGAGGCCAUUAUCGAAGACUUGCGGAUUUCUAUCCUGGCGGAGGAAGAGGAGCGGGGUACAAGCACUUAUAUGGAUUGCUUUCGGGGAAUGAACUUGCGCAGAACCUUGAUUGUCGCGUUGGCAAAUAUUCUGCCACAGCUCUUCGGCCUACAGCUGUUGGCUAAUGCCUCUUACUUUGCACAAAUCGUCGGUAUGAGUUCCUCCAACAGCCUCAUUUUCCUUAUCCUUGGAAUUGGCCUCGGUCUUCUUGCGAACGUCGGCAGUUUGUGGGCAUUGAACGGGUUUGGUAGACGGUUCCUGAUACUACUCAGUCUGGGGACAACAGUCGUUCUUUGGUUGGCAAUGGGCAUUGCCGGAUGUUUCCAGGGAGUUGUCACGAUCUGGUACACUUCAGUGACGAUGAUGGUUGUCACCAUGGUCUGCGGUUUGGGUAUAUGGCCGGCCUCUCAUGUUGUCGCGGCUGAAACCUCAUCUCUUCAACUCCGUGCCAAAACCCAGGGUAUCGGCUGGUUUGUGAGUAGUAUUGCUCAGGGUGUCUUCGCCAUCAGUCUACCGUAUGUGUACAACUUGGGCGCAGGUGACCUUAAGGCUAAGACUGGGUUCGUCAUGGCUGGGUUUGCAGCAGUCGGCGUCGCGGCGACAUGGAUUUGGGUGCCUGAGAUGAAGGGUCGGUCGCCUAUGGAGAUCGAUCGAAUGUUUGCAUUGAGGCUCAAGACUCGCGCUUUCAAGAAAUGGAGGAGCGAUGUGGUUAUAGAGAAAGAUAUUGAUCCACUGACUCAGACAGCCGGUAUAUGA